GUGCAGUGGUGUGUGUAAGGCAGGGACGAACCAGCAGCCAUGGAUGAUGUAUAUAAAGCAGCUGUUGAGAACUUGACAGAGGAACAAAAAAAUGAGUUCAAGGCUGCAUUCGAUAUAUUCGUCCAAGAUGCAGCGGAUGGCUGCAUCAGCACCAAAGAGUUGGGAAAGGUGAUGAGGAUGCUGGGACAAAAUCCCACCCCUGAAGAGUUACAGGAAAUGAUUGAUGAGGUGGAUGAAGAUGGCAGUGGCACAGUAGAUUUUGAUGAGUUCUUGGUUAUGAUGGUUCGAUGCAUGAAGGAGGAGGGCAAAGGAAAACCAGAAGAGGAGUUGGCUGAACUUUUCCGCAUGUUUGACAAGAAUGGAGACGGCUACAUAGACUUAGAGGAGCUGAAGACCAUGCUGCAGUCCACUGGAGAAGCCAUCACCGAAGAUGACAUUGAGGAGCUGAUGAGGGAUGGAGACAAAAACAAUGAUGGCAAAAUUGAUUAUGAUGAAUUCCUGGAGUUCAUGAAAGGUGUUGAAUAAAGGAUUCACCUGGAGGCCUCACACUGCAGAAUCAUCACUUUUUAC